AAAAAAAGAUAAGUUAAAAUGUAAAAAAAACAAUUAGUUCAUAGUUUCAUACGAUACCGGAUUUAGAUGUCGCGCAACCCGCCGAACGAUGCCUACGAAUGCGGCCGCGUCAUUUUCGACAAAAAACAACUUUGCCGCGAGGCCCGACGCGACCGACGGCCUAUGGGUGUUGCCGCUAUUGCCGGCCUCUCUAAUCGUCUCAUUCAUUAGGCACUCAAUUAUUGCGACGCCUACCUACAAGCUGACCGUUUUAAUAGCGGUGGGAUUGUUGUGUACUUCUUUGGCGAUAAUUUUUUAUCGUAAGAGAAACGAAAGUCUGAAAACGUUCAGCCCGUGCGCGGUAGCUGUCGCAAUAUUUGUCGGCUGUUUGUUCCACGUCUGCCUACAUAAAGGAUGGUUGUUUUCUUUGUCCAGCGGUGUAUUUAGCUCGCUGAUUUAUAUAAAAACGUUCAAGUUCCUUUUGACCUCGUUCAGGGAGAGUUUUUCGUUGGGGGAAGCGGGCGUGAUAGCCCAGGGCGCUGUCAUAUUCAUUUACUGUGCCAUAGAAAAUACGGCGCGGCAUGCGAGCCAGAACUCCGUGCCGAAAAGCAACAUGCAAAUAUCGACCGCGAUAAUUCAAGUUGGACUCAUCAGCGUUCUUCUUUUCGGCUACACGGUUUACCAGUUCAACAUAACUGGCGCUAAACGAUUUUACUUUACGUUCGCUGUGCUCGUCAUUUUCACGUUGCUGUUGCCGCUGCAGGUUUUGCUCGAUCGUAGUCCGCUCGUUUGGGUACUGGACGAGAUGUUACGCGAUCCGGCCCUGCUUAAACUGAUAAUAUACUGGGGCUGCUGUGUCGGCGUGGCGGUUGUUGCAGUCAGUCAUCAAGUAAACCGCGCGAAAAAGGCGUCCACGUCCAUCAGAAAAAUUUUUCACCUGCUGAUCGUGGCCGUGUAUCUACCCGGCUUAGCAUACAAGUGUUCGUUCUUGUACUUGGCCAGCGGUGUCUCCCUGGGGGUAUUCUUUGCUCUGGAGGUGAUGCGAAUCCAGGAAAUCCCGCCGUUGGGCCGCAGACUCCAAGACGGCUACGUCGUGUUCAGCGACGAGAAGGACGCAGGGCCGCUCUCCCUGACUGCCAUUUAUUUAUUGGUCGGAUGCUCUCUACCUCUGUGGAUACACCCCGCUCCUUGCGACGUCACCGACUCUUCUUUAUUUAGCAUUCUGCCUCUUUUGAGCGGACUCUUAUCCGUCGGGGUGGGUGACGCUUGUGCCAGUUUUGUAGGUUCCAAUUUCGGCAAAAUCAAGUGGAAGGGAUCGAAGAAAACCGUCGAGGGGACCGCCGCGUGCGUCAUCAGUCAGCUCGGGAUUUUCUACCUUCUGUGCCAUACGGGAUAUGUUCCUUACGUAACCGAAGAGCAAUCGUUGAGGAUCGUGACCGCGGUCGCCGUCGGCUCUUUGGUGGAAGCAAAAACCACGCAAAUAGACAAUAUCGUUCUACCAUUAAUUUACUACCUAAUAUUGAUAUAAUCGAAGUUCUUUUUUUUUGUAAAUUCAUAAUAAAAAU